GACCCAGGAAGUGGGCGGGGCCGGGAGGGAGAUGUUGACGCUGGACUAAAGAUGGUGGCGUGUGGGAGUCUCGGCGGCGGCGGCGGUUCCUCUUUGGCGCCCUCGGCCGGGGCGGCUCCGGGGAAGGCGGGGGUCGGGUCCCUGGUGGCGGUGCUGCUGGCGGCCUUGCUGGGCGGAGGCCCUGCGCAGGCCCGGGUCCACCACCUCGCCCUCAAGGAUGAUGUGCGGCAGAAGGUCCAUCUCAACACCUUCGGCUUCUUCAAGAACGGGUUCAUGAAGGUGAACGUCAGCAGCGUCUCAGUGAAACAGCUCAAGAAGGACGAUAAAAACUACCAGGUGGGCUUCAGCUUAGACCGGACACGGAAUGAUGGAUUCUCUACUUACUUGGAUGAAGAAGUGGACUAUUGCAUUUUGAAUAAAAUCCCAGACCGCGAUGUCUCGGUGACGCUGUUGCUCCUGGACUUUACAAAGAAGGUGGUGAAGGUCAAGUCCAAAGUCAACACUCCCACGUUGCCCGAAAUCAUCUUUAAUGAUUCUCAAGGAAACGCUCAUUCGGGAACCACUCAGAAGUCUGAUUCGAAGCAGACACUCAAGCCAAACGCCACCGAAACUGAGGCACCUGUAGAGAGAACGCAUCCCAUUGAAAGCAAGGGCGAUGGCUAUUCAUUCACGAUUGGGAUCAUGGAGGAGAAUCCCGACAGCUACCUCUCAGCCGGCGAAAUCCCGCUGCCCAAGCUGUACAUUUCUAUGGCCCUCUUCUUUUUCGUCGCCGGGACCGUGUGGGUCCACACCCUUCGGAAGCGCAGGGCUGACGUGUUCAAAAUCCACUGGCUGAUGGCCGCCCUUCCUUUUACCAAAUCCCUCUCUUUAGUCUUCCACGCCAUCGACUACCACUACAUCUCAACUCAGGGCUACCCCAUCGAAGGCUGGGCCGUCGUCUAUUAUAUCACUCACUUGCUGAAAGGGGCGUUGCUGUUCAUCACCAUCGCCCUCAUUGGCACCGGCUGGGCCUUCAUCAAGCACAUCCUCUCCGAUAAGGACAAGAAAAUCUUCAUGAUUGUCAUCCCUCUGCAGGUAUUGGCCAACAUCGCCUACAUCAUCAUAGAGUCCACGGAAGAGGGGACGACGGAAUACGGGCUGUGGAAGGAAAUCCUUUUCCUGGUGGACUUACUCUGCUGCGGGGCCAUCCUGUUUCCUGUCAUGUGGUCAGUAAGACACCUACAGGAGGCCUCGGCGACAGACGGAAAAGCUGCCAUUAAUCUUGCAAAGCUGAAGCUGUUCAAGCAAUACUACGUCAUGAUCGUGUGCUACAUUUACUUCACACGGAUCAUCACCAUCCUCAUCAAAAUCGCUGUUCCGUUCCAGUGGAAAUGGCUCUAUCAGCUGCUGGACGAAAUGGCCACGCUGGUGUUUUUCGUCCUCACCGGAUACAAAUUCCGACCCGCCUCCGACAACCCUUAUCUGCGGCUCUCCCAAGACGAUGAGGAUGAUCUCGACAUGGAAGCCGUGGUGACCACAUCUGGCGUGAUGGAGGGCAUGAAGAAGGUCAAGAAGGUGGUGAACGGCUCCUCGGAGCCCCGAGGGGAGCGAGAAAGUGCUGCGUGAUGGACCGAGGACUCCCCCUGCCUUCUCCUCUUCUUCCCCCCUCAGCCACUCCCCCCCCCAACUUCUU